CCGGGCUACGGUGGCCGCGCGGCGUGGGCUCGGCCGGCGGCGGGGCCGGGGUGCGAGCCGGGCCGCCAUGGGCAACCUGUUCGGCCGCAAGAAGCAGAGCCGGGUCACCGAGCAGGACAAGGCCAUCCUGCAACUGAAGCAGCAGCGGGACAAGCUGAGGCAGUACCAGAAGCGGAUCACGCAGCAGCUGGAGCGGGAGCGGGAGAUCGCCCGGCAGCUCCUGCGCGACGGCAGGAAGGAACGGGCCAAGCUGCUGCUCAAGAAGAAGCGGUACCGGGAGCAGCUCCUGGACAAGACGGAGAACCAGAUCACCAGCCUGGAGACCAUGGUCCAGAGUAUUGAGUUCACCCAGAUUGAAAUGAAGGUGAUGGAGGGGCUGCAGUUUGGGAACGAGUGUCUGAAUAAGAUGCACCAGGUAAUGUCCAUAGAGGAGGUGGAGCGGAUUCUGGACGAGACCCAGGAGGCCGUGGAGUACCAGCGGCAAAUAGAUGAGCUGUUGGCAGGAAGCUUCACCCAGGAGGACGAGGCUGCCAUCCUGGAGGAGCUGGACGCGAUCACUCAGGAACAGGUGGAGCUCCCGGAGGUUCCUUCAGAGCCCCUUCCUGAGAGGAUCCCAGAGAAAGUCCCCGGCAAGGCCAGGCCCAGGCGGGCAGAGCCGGUGGCAGCCUCAUAACGCGGCCUCCUCCUGUGGGACGCGGGGACUCCCGAGGACGGCCCGAGCGGGCUGGCAGGAGGCCGACGCUGGGCCAGGCCGGCCGGGCACCGACGGAGGCGCACGGCGCACACGGGCUCCCGGCAGGACGCUUCCGCGCAGCGAUUCCCGGCGCUGCUGUCUUGCUUUGUUUCUGGAUUAAAUGGCAACGUUCAAACCCUCCAGGCCAGCGCAGCUUCCGAGGCUGUGGUUCCCCCGUGCUGCUGCGGCGGCCCGUCGCCCCGGGGCUGGCCACACCUCCCGUCCCGGGCCCGAGGGCCUGCAUCCGGGCGGCGCUGUCUUCGGUGGGAGGCGCGUCAGACUUGGCCCCCGCCUUUCGCUGCUUCCUGCUGCUCCCGUCUGCUGGCGGGCCGCGGGCUAAGGGCUGCCUGCCUGGGCCGGCGCCUCGACGCACCCGGCCUCCAUGUGGAUUUGGGGCAGGUGGGCCGGGAGGGGCGCGGUCCCGCCAGACGGACGACUCCAGCACCCCUGCCCACCUCGUCACCCCUGGGGCCGCGCACAGGGCCUCAGUGCUGCUGAGCACGGACCUUCCUGGGAGCCGGCGGUCCGGCAGCGGCUCCCCAGCCGAGUGGAAGCUGCAGAGGAUGGAAGUGGCUCCCCGAGAUCACGGUUCACUCUGAAGUUAGACAAUCUCACGGGGAUGUCACGCCCGCCAAGAAGACAAAGGGCGCCCUCCUGGCCCCAGGCAGGCCAGCCCCGUAUUAAAGUUGACGCCCGCACA